GCACUAGCUCCAUCUACUACGUUUAAAAUAGCGUUGUAACCUAUACACAAUUCUGGUUCAAAGCUUGAUGAAUGAUAGGACUUGUUUGUCUUAUGUAUAAUAAAAUUCCACGUUUUAGCCCAAAUUCUACGGUAUUAAAGGAUUCUUUAAAGUAGCAUACUAUUAUUUACCAAUCAUCUAACAAUUUCUUACUUAUGUGCAAGAGUGAAACAUGUGCGUUAUUGAGGACUUCUAAUUAAUAAACGUGGUAAAAUUGACAACAUGUAUUUACGAGUAUGGUAAACCGGGAGGUGACUGGGACAUACAAAGUGCGACAUUUGGUUCGCGGUAUUCUAUGUGGUAUCCCCAUAGCGGUUACCAUUUUAGAUAGAAUUGGUUACAUAGCCAAGGUCGAUGGAAUUUCUAUGCAGCCUACCUUAAAUCCAGACACAUGGAUACAUGAUUACGUUUUCUUGAAUCACUGGGCACUCCAGUCCGAAGGCAUUCAACGUGGUGAGGUGGUAGCCCUCAUAUCGCCUAAAAGACCAAAUGAAACUUUGAUUAAACGUGUCGUGGGUCUUCCUGGAGAUAUUAUAUGUAGUCGUGGAAGUUAUGGACAAAUCCUAAAGGUACCCGAAGGUCAUUGUUGGGUAGAAGGAGAUCAUACCGGAUGUUCUUUGGAUUCAACUACUUUCGGACCAGUUUCUCUUGGUUUAAUAACUGCUAAAGCUACCUGCAUUGUAUGGCCACCAAAGCGCUGGCAAUUUUUAAAUCGUACCACGUUGAAUCACAAGUUUCAACUGUAUUUAGCAAGAGACUAAAGAGAAAACUUCUGUUAUGAAAAAUGAGAGCCGUCAGUUUCGUGAAACGGUUGCAAUGGGAUUUGCCUGGGACUGUGUGCAGACAUGGAUUAACAAUAGGAGAUCUUGAUAACGAUGGCGACAAUGAAUUAGUCGUUGGCACUGCAGAGG